UGAUCCUUUUCAUAUAAAGAAGUACAUGUCCAUCCAUCAAAUGGACAUAUAAGACAACUGAAAAAGUUUCAAAUUCCACACUAACUGACAAAAUAGUUUAUGUCACUGAUUUGAGAUCUUUAUUUAUUUCAAAGCAAUCUUCUGAUUUUCUUCAGUAAACAAACAAUUUUUUUGAAUGACUUCCACAAAAGCCAUGGAUGAGCAAGAACAACCAAAAAGUUAUUGGAGAUGGAGCAAACAAGAUUUCUUGCCAGAGGAAUCAUUUCAAAGCUGGAACAACUAUGUUUUUGCUCUUUCACAAACAUGGUUAAGGUUCAAGGAUCGUGUUCAGACAAGAUCAGAUGAUGCAACUGAGACACUAGAGCUCAAGAAAAAAAGUGAGAAUGAAAUGAAAAAAUGCCUUAACUGGUGGGACCUAAUGUGGUUUGGCUUUGGUUCAGUGAUUGGUGCAGGAAUUUUUGUCCUAACUGGACAAGAAGCCCAUAAUCAUGCAGGAGCAGCGAUAGUCUUAUCCUAUGUAGCAUCAGGAAUUUCAGCAAUGCUUUCUGUUUUCUGCUAUACAGAAUUCGCUGUUGAAGUUCCGGCUGCAGGUGGUUCAUUUGCUUACCUAAGAAUUGAAUUAGGUGACUUUGUUGCUUUCAUAGCAGCCGGUAACAUACUUCUCGAAUGCGUACUUGGAAGUGCAGCAGUAUCAAGAGCAUGGACAUCUUACUUCACUAGCCUUUUGAAUCGUCCAAAAGAUUCGCUUCGAAUCAAAGCACAUCAUCUCAAAGAUGGAUACAAUUUGCUAGACCCUAUAGCAGUUGGUGUUCUAGUAAUCUCCGGAAUAAUUGUCAUGAUCAGCACAAGAAAAACAUCGCUUCUCAAUUGGAUAGCAUCGGCAAUCAACACUGCUGUAAUCAUAUUCGUAAUCAUUGCAGGGUUUUGUCAUGCAAAUACAUCGAACCUUACGCCUUUUUUUCCUCAUGGAGCUAAAGGUGUAUUUCAAGCAUCUGCAAUUCUUUAUUUUGCAUAUGGAGGUUUCGACAAUAUUGCAACCAUGGCCGAAGAAACUAAGAAUCCACCGAAAGACAUACCAAUAGCCCUGAUUGGUUCAAUGUCGAUGAUCACAUUGAUUUAUUGUUUGAUGGCACUUUCACUAAGCAUGAUGCAGAAAUACACUGAUAUUGAUACUGGUGCUCCCUUUUCGGUUGCAUUUCAAAAAGUCGGAAUGAAUUGGGCAAAAUAUGUCGUAGCUUUCGGUGCAUUGAAAGGUAUGACAACAGUGCUUUUAGUAGGAGGAUUAGGACAGGCGCGUUAUAUAGCUCACAUCGCACGUUCGCACAUGAUCCCUCCUUGGUUUUCUCUCGUACAUCCGAAAACCCGAACACCGAUUAACGCAACACUUUUGAUAACUAUUUCAAGUUCUUGUAUAGCCUUUUUCACCGGCUUGGAUGUGUUAUCAAGUUUAAUAUCAGUAAGCACACUUUUCGUUUUCAUGAUGAUGCCGAUUGCACUAUUGGUGAGAAGGUACUAUGUUAGUGGAGUUACAACAAAAGAGAAUCAUUUAAAGUUUGUUAUAUUUUUGAUUCUCAUUGUUGCUUCUUCAAUGGGAAUUUCAGCUUAUUGGGGAUUAAAGCCUAAUGGUUGGUUUGGAUAUAUUAUCACUAUUCCUGUUUGGUUUUUCGCAACUCUCGGCAUGUCACUUUUUUUGACUCAACAAAGGAAACCAAGAUUUUGGGGUGUUCCACUUGUUCCAUGGUUGCCAUCUUUGUCAAUUGCAACAAAUAUUUUUCUUAUGGGAUCUUUGGAAUCUAAAGCUUUUCUAAGAUUUGGAAUAUGCACUUUGGUAAUGUUGGUUUACUAUGUUUUCUUUGGUCUUCAUUCAACUUAUGAUAUGGCUCAUCAACAAGAGAAGAUGCAAACUAUCAAAGAUAAUCACACAGAUACUGCUAAGAUUGAAGAGCCUUAAGAUAAUUGUGAAUUUUAUCUUCCAUUACUCAGUUUCAUAUGUUAUAUGAAGUUCUAUAAGUAAUUAGUCCUUGUAUAAAUAAAUGUCAUUGUUUUUUUAUCUAAGA